CUUAUCACUAAUUUGUUUCAUAAAAAGCAAACGACCUUACACUUUGAGGAAUAGACGGGUCUUUCGCUACAACAAAUUCUUUUUUCAGAGAAACAUUGCUUGCUUAGAUGGACAGACGGCAUUCCAUCGACGCGGAAUCUUUGCCGCCCGUUCCCGAAGAACAACAAUGUGUCUCUUCUUCACCAAGAGAUAUCGUCUCGCCAACAAUGUCUCGCCAUUCCAUCACCACCACCGCCACGCAUGACCUUCCUUCUCGUUCUUACUUUUCGUCUCAUGUCAACUAUGAUCCUCAUACGGACACUCGAUACUCUGCUUCAAUCGAUUCAAUUCGUGCCCAGUCAGUUGCUUUAGGCGAUCUUUACAUGACAGAGGAUACCCAAAAUCGAGUAAGACGAGGCGACGGCUCUGCUGCUCCCUCUGAAGCAGAACCAGUAGUACCUGCGGCAACCUCCAAAGUCAGCAAUCUGUCAGCUCUGUUGAAACACCAAAAUGGUAGUCGUAACAAUGGCUCGCCACUACCUACAAAGCACUACCAGCAGCAACAACAGCAGCAGCAGCUACAACAACAACAACAAGACGAAGAGUCGAGACCAUUACUUGAGCAUGUCGAUACUGGUCGUACAACGUCCACACAAUAUCAUUCUAUAAGCGCCGUUGAUUCAAACGGAUAUAGUACACAAUACCCAUCACACCAUACCACGCAUUAUCAGCAACAGCACCACCAUCGAACACAGCAGCAACGUUCACCUUCAUUGUGGCUACAUCGACUGUUACGUGCUGCUUUCUCCUCAUUACGUAGUACAAAUGACGACAAGCAGAGUGGCAUGGCGCUCGUGAUGUACUUGGUCAAGAGACCGCUAGAAUGUAUACCAGCUGUCAUUCUGGGAUUAUUACUUAAUCUUUUGGACGCAAUUUCAUACGGCAUGAUUACGUUUCCGCUCAACAAUCCGAUCUUCGCAUCCUUCGGUCCGGAUGGCAUCUCGAUGUUUUUUGUCAGUUGCAUAAUUGCACAGGUUGUGUAUUCAUGCGGCGGAAGUAUCUUUCCCGGAGGCAACGGAAGUAUGAUGAUUGAAGUGGUUCCCUUCCUGCACAUCAUGGCCGAACGAAUCGUCCUUUAUGUUGGAGAAGAGCAUAAGCAGGAAAUUAUUGCAUCCACCAUGGUUGCUUUUGCUAUUAGUAGCAUAAUGACGGGCGUCGCGUUCUUUUUGCUAGGUGCAUUCAACUUGGGAUCCUCAUCGGAUUCUUUCCGUGGCACAUCCUGGUCGGGACCAUCGGUGGCGUGGGAUGGUUUCUGGUGAUCACUGGCAUUGAAGUGGCUGGUCGGUUGGACGAGAACUUUGAUUAUACCUUCCCCAUGUUUCGAAAAAGUGUUUCUUGAUUCACAUACCUUGAUGCUUUGGUCGGCCGCUUUGGGUGCAGCACUCGU